GGCGGCCGGCGGCGGCGGAGGCAGCAGUAAGGCCUCCUCCUCGUCGGCCUCUUCGGCGGGGGCUCUGGAGUCCUCGUUGGAUCGAAAAUUCCAGUCGGUGACCAACACCAUGGAAUCCAUUCAAGGCUUGUCGUCUUGGUGUAUAGAGAACAAGAAACACCACAGUACUAUCGUCUACCAUUGGAUGAAGUGGCUCCGGAGAUCUGCCUAUCCCCACCGUUUGAAUCUCUUUUAUCUUGCCAACGAUGUCAUACAGAAUUGUAAAAGGAAAAAUGCCAUCAUAUUCCGUGAAUCGUUUGCUGACGUACUUCCUGAAGCAGCUGCUCUAGUGAAGGAUCCAUCUGUUUCUAAGUCUAUAGAACGAAUCUUUAAAAUCUGGGAAGACAGAAAUGUAUACCCAGAAGAAAUGAUUAUGACAUUAAGAGAAGCUUUGACAUCCACAAAUCCAAAAGCUGCUCUCAAGUCUAAAAUAGUUGCUGAAUUUCGAUCUCAGGCCCUCAUUGAAGAACUAUUGCUGUACAAGCGUUCAGAAGACCAGAUAGAAUUGAAGGAAAAGCAGUUGUCAACUAUGAGGGUGGAUGUGUGCAGCACGGAAACUCUCAAAUGCUUAAAAGAUAAAACAGGUGGGAAAAAAUUCUCCAAAGAAUUUGAAGAGGCAAGCUCCAAACUGGAGGAAUUUGUGAAUGGAUUAGAUAAGCAGGUGAAAAAUGGGCCCUCAUUAACUGAAGCACUGGAAAAUGCUGGAAUUUUCUAUGAAGCACAAUACAAAGAAGUAAAAGUGGUGGCCAAUGCAUAUAAAACCUUUGCUAAUCGAGUGAAUAAUUUAAAGAAGAAGCUGGAUCAAUUAAAGUCAACCCUUCCUGAUCCUGAAGAAUCACCAGUCCCUUCCCCAAGCAUGGAUGCUCCAUCCCCAACUGGUUCUGAAUCCCCUUUUCAAGGAAUGGGAGGUGAGGAAUCUCAGUCACCAGCCGUGGAGAGUGAAAAAUCUGUCACACCUGAGCCUGCGACAGAUAAUCGUGAUGUGGAAGACAUGGAACUCUCAGAUGUGGAAGAUGAUGGGUCAAAAAUCAUUGUGGAGGACAGGAAGGAAAAACCUGUGGAGAAGUCAUCUGUAUCCACUUCUGUACCUACAAAACCAGCAGAAACGAUCUCAAAGGCCUCUGCAAGUACCCCAGUGCCUGUUACCAUGACUGCCACCCCACCUCUUCCAAAGCCUGUGACUACGUCUCUUUUGUCCUCUUCCCCAGCAUUGGCUUUGCCAAACCUGGCUAAUGUGGAUUUGGCAAAGAUCAGUUCCAUCCUUAGCAGCCUGACAUCAGUCAUGAAAACUACAGGGGUCAGUCCUGCAUCAAGACCAUCUCCAGGAACUCCUACAAGUCCCAGCAACCUCACCAGUGGCCUGAAAACACCUGCUCCUGCCACGACAACAUCUCACAACCCUCUGGCAAAUAUCCUCUCCAAGGUGGAGAUCACCCCAGAGAGCAUUCUGUCUGCUCUUUCCAAAACCCAGACACAGUCAGCCCCUACACUGCAAGGCCUGUCAUCCUUACUGCAGAGUGUUACUGGGAACCCAGUUCCAGCCAGUGAAGCUGCAUCUCAGAGCACUUCAGCUUCGCCUGCCAACACCACAAUCUCCAGCAUAAAGGGAAGAAGUUUGCCUUCUAACACCCAAUCCUUUAUUCCCAAAAGCUUCAACUAUUCUCCUAAUUCAUCAACUUCUGAAGUCUCUUCAACUUCAGCCAGCAAGCCCUCAAUUGGGCAAAGCCCGGGACUCCCAAGCACUACUUUUAAGCUACCAUCCAACUCUCUGGGGUUUACAGGGACCCACAACAGUACUAGUCCUGCUGCCCCACCUACUGAAGUUGCCCUGUGCCAAUCUUCAGAGAUCUCUAAGCCAAAGCUGGAGUCAGAGUCCACCUCCCCAAGCCUGGAAAUGAAGAUCCACAACUUCUUAAAAGGUAAUCCUGGUUUCAGUGGCUUAAACUUAAACAUCCCAAUCCUGAGCAGUUUGGGAUCCAGUGCCCCAGCUGAGAACCAUCCCUCAGACUUUCAGCGUGGCCCCACUAGCACCUCAAUGGACAAUAUUGAUGGAACCCCUGUGCGGGAUGAACGGAGUGGGACACCCACCCAGGAUGAGAUGAUGGACAAGCCCACAUCCAGCAGUGUAGAUACCAUGUCCUUGCUGUCUAAGAUCAUCAGUCCUGGUUCCUCAACACCCAGCAGUACAAGAUCACCACCCCCUGGGAGAGAUGAAAGCUACCCCCGGGAGCUCUCCAAUUCUGUACCUACAUAUCGACCCUUUGGCUUGGGCAAUGAAUCUCCCUAUAAGCAACCUUCUGAUGGAAUGGAGAGACCAUCUUCCCUGAUGGACUCUUCACAGGAGAAGUUCUACCCAGAUACUUCUUUCCAAGAAGAUGAGGAUUACCGAGAUUUUGAGUAUUCAGGGCCUCCGCCCUCUGCCAUGAUGAACCUGGAGAAGAAACCAGCCAAGUCUAUCCUGAAAUCCAGCAAGCUUUCUGACACCACAGAGUACCAGCCGAUUCUUUCCAAUUACAGCCACAGGGCCCAAGAAUUUGGGGUAAAGUCUGCCUUCCCUCCAUCUGUAAGGGCCCUCCUGGACUCUAGUGAAAACUGUGACCGUCUCUCAUCUUCCCCUGGGCUAUUUGGUGCCUUCAACAUAAGAGGGAAUGAACCUGGGUCUGACCGGUCACCAUCACCGAGUAAGAAUGAUUCAUUUUUCACCCCUGACUCCAACCACAAUAGCUUGUCUCAAUCUACCACUGGGCAUCUCAGUUUGCCACAGAAGCAGUACCCAGACUCUCCUCACCCAGUCCCACAUCGUUCCCUUUUCUCUCCGCAGAAUACCCUUGCCGCUCCCACGGGCCGCCCACCCACAUCAGGCGUGGAGAAAGUCCUGGCCUCCACCAUUUCCACCACGUCGACGAUUGAGUUUAAGAAUAUGCUUAAAAACGCCUCACGCAAGCCCUCAGAUGAUAAGCAUUUUGGCCAGGCCCCCAGCAAGGGCAAUUCAAAUGAUGGUGUCAGUCUCUCAAACCUCACCCAGCCCAGCUUGACCACCACUGAUCAGCAGCAACAAGAAGAGCACUACCGUAUAGAAACCCGUGUCUCCUCCUCCUGCUUAGACUUGCCUGAUAGUACAGAAGAAAAAGGGGCCCCUAUAGAAACCUUGGGUUAUCAUAAUGCUUCCAAUAGGAGGAUGUCAGGGGAGCCAAUACAGACAGUAGAGUCCAUCAGAGUUCCUGGGAAGGGAAAUAGAGGACAUGGGCGCGAGGCUUCAAGGGUGGGUUGGUUUGAACUGAGCACCUCAGGCAGCUCUUUUGACAAUGGCCCCUCAGCUGCCUCUGAGUUGACAUCCCUUGGGGGUGGGGGCAGCGGAGGCCUCACUGGCUUUAAAACGGCAACAUACAAGGAACGGGCACCCCAGUUUCAGGAGAGUGUCACCAGCUUUCGUUCCAACAGUUUCAACUCGACAUUUGAGCAUCAUCUUCCCCCGGCCCCCUUGGAGCAUGGGACACCCUUCCAGAGAGAGCCAGUGGGGCCAACAUCUGCCCCACCUGCCCCUCCUAAGGAUCAUGGUGGUAUCUUCUCUCGAGAUGCACCCACUCAUCUACCCUCUCUGGAUCUCUCGAACCCUUUCACAAAGGAGGCAGCCCUGGCCCAUGCUGCCCCACCCCCUCCUCCUGGAGAGCACAGUGGUGUUCCUUUCCCCACUCCACCCCCUCCCCCGCCCCCUGGGGAACACAGCAGCAGUGGUGGGAGUGGAGUCCCCUUUUCUACUCCACCCCCUCCUCCACCCCCUGUUGAUCACUCUGGGGUUGUCCCUUUUCCAACUCCACCACUGGCUGAGCACGGAGUGGCAGGGGCUGUGGCAGUGUUUCCCAAGGACCAUAGCUCCCUCCUUCAAGGGACCCUGGCUGAGCAUUUUGGUGUGCUCCCAGGACCCAGGGACCUCGUGGUCCCUACCCAACGGGACCUCAACGGCCCUGGCCUUAGCCGUGUGCGUGAGAGCCUGAGCCUACCAUCCCAUUCUCUGGAGCACCUGGGCCCAGCCCAUGGAGGAGGAGGUGGGGGAGGCAGCAACAGCAGCAGUGGCCCCCCCUUGGGUCCCACACACAGAGACGCCAUCAGCCGGAGUGGUAUGAUUUUGCAGAGUCCCCGGCCAGACUUUCGGCCCAGGGAACCUUUUCUCAGCAGAGACCCGUUCCACAGUUUAAAGAGACCCAGGCCACCUUUUGCUAGGGGACCUCCGUUCUUUGCACCAAAACGCCCAUUCUUCCCUCCCAGGUACUGAUGGAAACCAAGGGAAAGGCAUUUUGAACAGUCUAGAGAGCAUUGGAAGUAGGAGUUUGGUUUACUGUUGUUGUUUUAUUUGUUUUUUCCUCUCCUUGAUUUUUUUUAUUUUUCAUUAUGACAAAGGGCCUCCCUUCCAAAUUAAAAAGUCAUACAUGCUUACAUUUCACUAUUCCAUUUGUCAAGUCCUCCUUCCACUGCACUUAUCUACCUUCCCCAAACUGUUCGUAUUGAAGAAGAAAAAAAAAAAAAGGCAGACACUACCAAAGCCACUUCAUUUGGUUAUGGGGGGAGGGGAAGGAAAGCAAAUCUUACUUUACCCCAUUUAUUGGAGAUUAUUAUUACAUUUGAAAUAAAAUUUCCAUAAGUACAGA